CUUGACCGUUCAAUCCUAAUAACCCUAAAGACCAUUAGAAAGCCUUGCACUUUCUUCCUCCGGCGCCGUUACAUUCUCUUCUCUUUCGCUCCUUCUACUAACAAAACCUUGUUGCAGAUUCACAUCUCCCCAUUUUUCUUCUCCUCGUCGAGCCAACAGUGUGGUUCCUCAUCCAACGCCAAACGAAGGCUAUCAUGGUGGGAGGACUCGACGCCGGAGCGGUCCCAUUCAACCCCGAUGGGUGGGGCCCACCAGAUUUCACCACGACAACCGUCGACGCCGCCAACAACGACAACAACCUCCCUCUAAACGUGCCCUUCGCGCCCUUCUCGCGCUCCGAGAAGCUGGGCCGGAUCGCCGACUGGACCCGCAACUUCAACAACGCGGCCCGGUCCAAGAACCCCUCCGACUCCGUCUUCGACUUCUCCAACGACGAGUCGUUCCCGGCCUCCGCAGACGACGACGCCUCCUUCCGCCUCGUCGACGGCAAACCUCCCCCGAAGCCCCGCUUCGGCCCCAAAUGGCGCUUCCAGCAGCAGCGUCAGCUCCCCCAGCGCCGCGACGAAGAGGUGGAGGCAAAGCGCCGCGAGGCCGAGAAGGAUCGCGCCCGCCGCGACCGCCUCUACCACCAGAACCGCUCGAACGCCAACCAGACCCGCCGCGAGGCCGCGGUGUUCAAGUCCUCCGUGGACAUCCAGCCCGAGUGGAACAUGCUGGACCAGAUCCCUUUUUCCGCCUUCUCCAAGCUCUCCUUCUCCGUCCCCGAGCCCCCCGAGGACCUCCUCCUCUGCGGAGCCCUCGAGUUCUACGACCGCUCCUACGACCGCGUCGCGCCCAAGAAUGAGCGCCGCCUCGAGCGCUUCAAGAACCGCAACUUCUUCAAGGUCACCACCACCGACGACCCCGUUAUCCGUCGCCUCGCCAACGAGGACAAGGCCACGGUUUUCGCCACUGACGCCAUCCUCUCCACGCUCAUGUGCGCUCCGCGUUCGGUGUACUCCUGGGAUAUCGUGGUCCAGAGGGUCGGGAACAAGCUCUUCUUUGAUAAGCGCGACGGGUCGCAGCUCGAUCUGCUCUCUGUGCACGAGACCUCACAGGAGCCCUUGCCGGAGGCCAAGGAUGACAUCAACUCUGCUUACUCGCUCGGGGUUGAAGCCGCGUAUAUCAACCAGAACUUUUCUCAGCAGGUCCUGAUCAGGGACGGGGAUAAGGUCACCUUCGAUGAGCCCAAUCCGUUUGCAAACGAAGGCGAAGAGGUUGCCUCUGUGGCGUACCGGUACCGGCGGUGGAAGCUCGAUGAUGACAUGUUCCUAGUGGCGCGGUGCGAGGUCCAGAGCGUGGUUGAGGUGAACAAGCAGAGGUCGUUCCUCACUCUCAACGCCCUCAACGAGUUUGAUCCGAAAUACUCAGGCCUCGAUUGGAGGCGGAAGCUAGAGACUCAGAGAGGCGCGGUGUUGGCCACCGAGCUCAAGAACAAUGCGAACAAGCUCGCAAAAUGGACCUCUCAGGCUCUGUUGGCCGGUGCGGAUAUGAUGAAAUUGGGGUAUGUUUCAAGGGUUCAUCCUCGCGAUCAUUUCAACCAUGUGAUAUUGUCGGUGGUUGGGUACAAGCCGAGGGAGUUUGCAGGGCAGAUCAAUUUGAACACAUCCAAUAUGUGGGGAAUUGUGAAGUCUAUUGUGGAUUUGUGUAUGAAAUUGAAUGAAGGGAAGUAUGUGCUUGUGAAAGACCCGACCAAGCCACAGGUUAGGAUCUACGAGGUGCCACCAGAUGCAUUCGAGAAUGAUUAUGUGGAGGAGCCUCUGCCAGAGGACGAGCAGGUUCAACCUCCUACGGAGGAGGCCAAUGGUGGGGAGGCAAAUGCUGUUGAAGAUAAGGAGGUUGAUGCUCCAGCUUAAAGGCUGGCUAACACUGAAGAAUAUAUUGAUGGGAAAUUCACUGGAAAUCUGGGAGAGAUUUUGAUCAGUUGAAGCUCGUGAAUGCACCUGAAAGUUGCGGUUGUUUACUUGUGGUAAAUCAAUUGUGAACGGUCAUCCCACACUGACAUGGUGUACCGGAAAAGGUGAAAAGGAUGUAACAAACACAAAAUCGGUCGGCACGAGGUGCGGACCCUACUUAGACAACGUUGUGGGAUGCUGGCUGCCACUUUUUCUGAGUACCAAAAGCUCUGCACGCUUGGGCAGGUGUUUGUGGAUCUGGCUGACAUGACAUAGUCCCGUUUGGCAAUCUACUCGUCCUUCUCUUAUUUUCACUUCUCCAUAAAACAUAAACUUAAAAAUAUUCUUAAUUUUUUUUUUUGCUACUUUUUAUAUUACAUCAACAUUUUUUUAUUACUAUUUAAAUAAAAAAAAUACACUAUAAAUUUUUCAA